GCCGGGCAAGCGCCGGGGUUUUUGGCUUGUUGCUCACAGUGCCACACACCCCGCCUUCCACGAUGCGCAACGGCAGCCUUAAGAACACCAUCAUCACGGUGUUCUUCUCGUUCUUGUCGCUGGCGGUGUGCACGUACUCGACCAUCUACCCUGCAUGGUUCCAGCAAAAGUACAAGGCGCAGGACCCGGUGGUGUUCCAGGGCUUUGGAAUCUACAACUUUUACUCGACGCAGCCGCUGCAAAGCCCCUUCUACGCAUCCGAGACUACCUUGGCCUACUCGGAGUUCUGUACGAACGAGGAGAACGGAGUGCCGCCGCCCAACUGGAUGCUCGGCGGCGGCGCGCAGUUCAAGGAGAUUCUGUGCGGGUACCCCAUCAAGGGCAUUCAAUACGUGAGCUUCUUUGCGUCUAUUUUUGCAGGAUUUGGCCUGAUUGCGUCCGUGGCCGCAUGCUUCAACCCUGCGGCAGGCUACGCCGAGCGUAUCGUGUCCUCUACUACCCUCAUCUCAUCGCUCCUACUCCUUGCCGCUUUGAUCGUAUGGGCUAUUCAAAUCCAGCAAAAAAUGCUAGAAAUCGAUGUGAUUUCGUCCGCCUAUGUCCUCUGCCAAAAGAAAACGUCUGAUUGGAGCUGCUGGUUCUACGGGAACAGCUUCUGGGCAGCUAUCGGCGGCGUUGUGGGCAUGCUUAUCACCAUGUACACGAGUUCUGCCGGCCGCGCCGAGAAAAUUAGGCACUUUCGACGGGAAUAUGAAGCUGAUUUGGCCGUGGCAAUGCAGCAGUCUGUGGAAGCGACCACGCAAAACACGAGUCGGGCGCCUACAGCCGAUUUUUCCACAGGGGAAUCGUUUGGUGACAACUUGCAUUUCAACGACCAGCAGCAACCCCCAAAGCAACCGUACGAGCAACAGCAGCAAUUUUAUGACCAACCUGGCCAUGCAAAUUACCAGAACCACCAGUACGCUGUCAAAGGCGGCAUUGUUUAAUCCUCGUACAUAAUACAAUUAACAAGUCCGAUGUAUCACAUA